AUGAGAGGCUUAAAAGAAGUUCCACUUCCACUGUGCACGGAAAUAUUUCACUCUUCUUUCUCUUCGUCCCAUCCAAGUCCAACCCACCCUCCCAUAUCUUCUUUCAACACAAGAAAAGAUAAUAUGAUUGCACUUAAAGCCAUUCAAACCUCUUUCACUGCUAAAAAGAGUGCAUCUUUCCACACAACUAGACUAUCUAACAACAAAAAGAACUCAACCCUUUGUCUUUGUAAGUCGAAGGAUUCCGACCCCGAGGGCGCCUCUCCUGAAGGAGACACUCAGAAGCAAGAACUUCUUGCCCGCAUAGUUCAGCUUCAAGCUCAGAAAGUCCGUCUCACCGAUUACUUAGACGAAAGAUCCACGUAUCUCGCACAAUUCGCGGAAGAGGCUAAUGCUGAGUUCGACAAGAUUGGAGAAGAUGCUUUGAAAGAACUUGAUGAGGCUGGUGACAGGAUUAUGGAGAACAUAAAGAGCCGUAUGCAGGAGUUUGAGGAAUCUGCAGAGCAGAACAGGCAAGAAAUUGAGGAGAGUGAAAACAAGUUGGCAAAGUUUGAAGACCAGAUGGACAAAGACCGAAACGAAGGCUUAUUCUUCAAGAACCUGAGCCACAGAACACCCCAAAAGAAAGUGUCCGCUAAGGAGGAAAUGGAAAGGAUUAAAGAGGUAACAAAAGGGAGUGUGGGAUCGAAAAUCAGAAGAAACAUUUACCUAGCGUUGAUUGGUGUGUUGGUCAUUGCAAUUGCUGAUUCUUUUGUUUCUUCAUCGGAUUGGCGAAAGAUCACAGCUCUAGGGGCAAUUUUGGUGGGCUUGAUUUCUCAGGUCAUCUAUGAGCAGAAUAUGUUAUCUGACAUAAAAGAAAGAGAAAAGGAUGACCUAGGUUAUCCCCAGCAGGUUGGCGGUCCGGAUUCUGGAGAACUCCCAGCUUCACCAAAUAAUGAAUUUAGAUAUUUGUUCAGGAUACGCAGAGAAUAAAGAAUCCAGCCUGCAUCAGGAAAGAACUUUUGCAAUGACAACAAGAUUCCAGGAAGUAUAGAGAGAAAAAAACAAAUGCAACAGAAAAAAUGG